CAGAGGGUGAUUGAGUGAAGUUCCUUCUUCCACUUCCUCCCUCCCUGCAACCUGACCCCUUGCCUCAGCUCAAGGUCUGAUACCCAAAUUUGCCCGUGUCUGCCGGCUGUUUGCCUUGACCUGACUUUCCUUUGCCCCAGGCACUGUCCUCCACCACAGGCCUAAGGACAUGCAAGCCAUCAAGUGUGUCGUGGUGGGAGAUGGAGCUGUGGGGAAAACCUGUCUCCUUAUCAGCUACACCACCAAUGCCUUUCCAGGAGAAUACAUCCCCACUGUGUUUGAUAACUAUUCUGCCAAUGUGAUGGUUGACAGCAAGCCUGUAAAUCUGGGGCUAUGGGAUACUGCUGGACAAGAGGAUUACGACAGGCUGAGGCCACUCUCUUACCCACAGACGGAUGUCUUCCUGAUCUGCUUCUCCCUUGUCAGCCCAGCAUCUUAUGAAAACGUCCGUGCUAAGUGGUUCCCAGAGGUGCGACACCAUUGCCCCAGCACUCCCAUCAUCCUGGUGGGCACAAAGCUGGAUCUUCGUGAUGACAAAGACACCAUUGAGAAGCUGAAGGAGAAGAAGCUUUCUCCUAUUACAUAUCCUCAGGGUCUUGCCUUGGCCAAGGAAAUCGACUCUGUGAAAUACCUCGAAUGCUCAGCAUUGACGCAGCGUGGCCUGAAGACGGUGUUUGAUGAGGCCAUCCGAGCAGUCCUCUGCCCACAGCCCACCCGAACGAAGAAACGAGCAUGCAGCCUCCUCUAGGACAGUUCUGGCCCCAUCCUGAUGCCAGAUUCAGCCUCACAUGCAGGAGAGUGAUGCCUCCACCAUCCCGGAGCUCAGUACCUUCUGGCGGUCACUGUGCUUUUUACUUCUGCUAGCUUGAAAGACUGUUGUGGGUCUUUGGCACUGGUUUGUCCAUUUACACAAGUCCCCCAUUCCCCAGCUGCCCCAUCCUCACCACCCCUCAGAUCACAACAUAGUGAAUGAGACCCAAUAAACAGACCAGUCCAUAUGUCCUUGCCAAGCCCAUGGUACAAAUGUUGUGUUAGCCAAGACAGCACGGUGGUCACACUUUGCCUUUUGCCCCAUAUGUUCACAGGAUGUUCCUCAUCCCCUAGCAAGGCUUUCCCUCCUCUGCAGGCUUUGGGAGGGGCCACCCAGCCCCAGACUGCUCUCAGUUUGCAGGGUGCUGGGGACACCCUUUUACCACAACACAUCUGCACAAACACUGCUGGUCGGCUGUCAUAGGCAGUCGUAUCGGUAUUCACACUUGGUCACACUGCCAGGCGCAGGCAGAGUGAGAACAGGAAGGGGGAGGGCAGAAAAAGAUAAAAAAUACAACAGAGGAAUGAGUCACCAGCCCA